UUCCCCUCUUAUCUUACUUCUUAUUAUCAAUUUAAAAUUAAGGUUUUUUUCUUUCUUAAUUUCUAGCCUUAAUUCGGUUGGUCUACUUUUCUCUUCUUCUUCUUCUUCUUUUUCUUCUUUUUCUUCUUCUUCGUCUUCUUUGCAUUUGGUUGAGUCCAACCCAAUGUUCUCAGCGGAAGAAGCUGUUGGAUCACAAUUACCGGCUCAUGAAUCCGGUUUUACACCCGAAGAACUCAAUGAGUUAUUAUCAUUUUUUGAAUCAAAUGAACCGGUUAAUUCAAACUCUAGUUCGGAAAAUUCAAGCCGGGCGAUAUAUUCACCGGAUGAAAGAAAGCAAAGACGCAAGAUAUCAAACAGGGAGUCGGCCAAGCGGUCUCGUUGGAGGAAAAAGAGGCACUUGGAGAACCUUACGAGCCAAGUGAAUCGGAUGAACAUAGAGAACCGGCGGCUUAAGAACCGGCUACAUUUAGUGAUUAAUCAGUGUCACGUUGUAUGGGGUGAAAAUGAACAGUUAAGAUCCGAAUCCUUUGCUCUUUGGGCCAAACUGUUGGAUUUAUACUGGACUUUAGCCACCAUGCAAUGCAAUCAUGAUAAUAGUCGACAUUCUUUAUCAUGUUUUAAUUCGAACAAAUUAAGCUCUAAUUCAAUAAAUUAAACUAUUGAAAACA